CCCCCGAGCCUGAUGCUUUGAGGGUCAGGGCUGCCCCCAGGGAUGCUUCCCAGCCAGGGCGUUAUCCCGGCCGGGCCGGCCAGCCUAUUUUCCAGGCGAGGAAAUAUUUAACCGCAGCGUCAGCGAGCAGGGCAGGCGGGCGCAGGCAUGGAGGGUGGCGGUCAGCACCCGGCCCCCGCUGCCCCCCCGGGCCAGCCCCAGGGCGAGCGCCUGCAGCUCCUGUUGCGUCGCAGCCGGGAGGCCAAAAACUGCGCCUAUUGCCCCUACAGCCGCUUCCCGGUGGGCGCCGCGCUGCUCACCGCCGGCGGGGAGAUCUUCUCGGGGUGCAACGUGGAGAAUGCCUGCUACAGCCUGGGGGUGUGCGCCGAGCGCACUGCCAUCCAGAAAGCCAUCUCCGAGGGACACACCAGCUUCAGGGCCAUGGCCAUCACCAGUGACUUGGGGGACAGCUUCAUCGUGCCCUGCGGCGCCUGCAGACAAGUGAUGAGAGAGUUCGGCACGGACUGGGACAUCUACCUGACCAAAGCAGAUGGCACCUAUAUCAUCAAGAGGCUGGAGGAGCUGCUGCCGCUCUCCUUCGGCCCCGAGGACCUGAAGAAGGUGUGAGCAGCACGGCCACUGCCGGCCGUUGCCCUUCAGAAGCAGGGGAGGAUGAUUUUCCCCAAUUUCCCCAGUGUGUAAGUGGCUUUUUUUGGGAUGAUGCAAUGGGAAAUGCGUUUAUAGUGUUAGGUUACCUGUUCCUCUCACUCAUCUUCUGAUUCAGCACUGAUUUGCAGACACCAGUCCCAUCUCAACCCAGGGAAACAGUGAAAUCAAGUCGUAGAAAUUCCCUUUUAUUAGAAAAGAAGUGUCCAGAUAUUGCUAUGGGCAAGGGAGGAGUUCACAGGUGGAGAAGAGUUUGAUGAACAGGCUUGUUGGUACGGAAACCACUCCUGAACAAUGCAAAAUCAUUGCUUGGGAAAAUGCUGAAUUCUUCAGCUCUAAAUGAGAAGCAAAAGCAAAAAGGAAAGGCUCCAUUGUUAAUAAGCCAAUUCAGAUUAGCUGAUUUGCUGGAACUGGACAGUUAUCAUGCUGAGUGUGUCCUUUGCUUGUUUCUCUCAUGCGUGUUUUUCUUGCUUUUAUUAUGUUUGUGGAGAUGAAGACAGAGAGGACUUUUGAGGGGCUUCUGGAGAGUUUUCUGUCUCCAGAGUAAUGCCGUUUGCUGAUUGUACUAUUAAUUUAACUAUGCACAAUGAAAAAUGAAUGCGUUACAUUUCCCAACCAGCACUGGGCUGGGCAUUACUGUGAAAUAAAAGCAGCCCUGGU